AUGACAGCUUAUCCAUACUACUCUCCUCCGCCACCUUCUCCUCCAACUUCAGUUUACCAACCUCCACCCUCUCCGGCUGAACCCCCAACUCCGGCGAACCAACCUCCGCCACCGCCGCCGAAACCUCAAACUCCAAAAUAUCAACCGCCACCACCACCGGCAAAACCUCCAACUCCAGGGGAACAUUCUCCACCACCGCCACCAACCCAAGUGGACUACCCUCCACCACCUCCUCCUAUAAGCUAUAUCCCCCAAUCUCCGCCACCACCAACAGGCUACCCCUUCCCCCCAUCACCUCCGUUAAUCUACAGCCCUCCACCUCCUCCAGUACCUCCACCUCCACCAGUACCACUUGGUCCAGUACCUCCGCCGCCGCCGCCGGGAUCGGACCACACGGUUAUCAUCGUGGUGUUCACCUCGCUUGGUGGACUGUUUUUCCUUGCAUUCCUGUUCGUGGGUCUCCUCUGCUUAGCAAAGAAGAAGAAGAAGUAUCCAGAAAUGGCGGGCGCCGCCGCUGUUGCAGGUGGCGCUGUUGCGUUGGAGGAGCAUGAACAUAUUCACGAGACGAUCAUCACGGGGCCUUGUGGAGAACAGGUAGUGACGAUAGAUGAUGAUAUCGAUGUUCACGAAAUUACAAGCGUCGGCGGUGGUGCGGUUGCGGCGGCAACGAGUAUCCAAGCAGGGCACAACCAGCCCGGCCUUUCUUCUUCCCCCCGAACAUGA